UUUCAUUCCAAAUUCUUAUUUCCCUCUGCAAAACCUAAUCCUAUCUUCAAAAAAAAAAAAAAAAAAAAAGUUCUUUCUUUACGAAUUCCUUUUUCUUGAACCUCAAAUCCUCUCUCUCGCUCGUCGCCACAUUCCCUUUGCCCUAAUUCAUUUGCUCUGCACAAUCGGUGAUAAAAGCCCAAAGGUGAAUUCAGUAUCUGUUUCUUCGUUUCUAUUCCAAUGCCGCUUCCUCCCAAACUGAGCCGACAACUGCACAGGGAAUCAGACGUUGCGGAUAUGCCUUCCAACAGCUUGUGGGUUGGUAACUUAUCCAUAGAUGUCACCGAUGCGGAUCUCAUGAAUUUGUUUGCGCAGUUUGGUGCGCUUGAUAGUGUCACUUCCUAUUCCUCCAGGAGCUACGCUUUCAUCUUCUUCAAGCACAUGGAGGAUGCUCAAGCGGCCAAGGAGGCUCUUCAGGGUUUUUUUCUGCGUGGGAGUCCUAUCAAAAUCGAGUUUGCCAGACCGGCCAAACCUUGUAGGAAUUUGUGGGUGGGUGGAAUUAGCCCAGCUGUUUCAAGGGAACAACUUGAAGAAGAAUUUUCCAAAUUUGGUAAAAUUGAUGAAUUUAAGUUUUUGCGAGAUCGGAAUACUGCAUUUGUUGAGUAUGUUCGAUUGGAAGAUGCAUCACAGGCUUUGAGAAUGAUGAAUGGGAAACGCAUUGGUGGAGACCAGAUUCGAGUUGAUUUUCUUCGGUCACAGCCAAUGAGAAGAGAUCAGUGGCCAGACACCAGAGAUGGGCAUGGACAGCUUCAGGGUAGAAAUGUGGGGAUGGGUGAUUUCCAAUCUGGUUAUAAAAGACCACUGCAUGCUCAAUCUUCAGAAGUGCGUAGAGAUGGACCUCCCAGUAAGGUUUUGUGGAUUGGUUACCCUCCAUCUGUUCAAAUUGAUGAACAAAUGCUCCACAAUGCAAUGAUUUUAUUUGGUGAGAUAGAGAGAAUUACGAGUUUCCAUUCUAGGCAUUUUGCAUUUGUAGAAUUUAGAAGUGUUGAUGAAGCACGACGUGCUAAGGAGGGUCUACAAGGACGGCUUUUUAAUGAUCCUCGGAUUACUAUUAUGUUUUCAAACAGUGAUCCGGGACCCGUAAAAGAGCACCCUGGCUUUUAUCCUGGUGGUAAAGAGGCUAGGCCUGAUAUGUUCUUCAAUGAGCAUCAAAUCCGUCCUCCACCAAUGGACCUGAUGGGACAUCCUCACCCAAUGGUGCAAAAUAAGUUUCCUGGACCACUGCCAUCUAGUGGUAUUCUUGGACCAAACACAGCAGUAAGACCACCACCCUUUGGUCCUCCACAGGGUAUCUCAGGGCCCCCUGAGUUUAAUGACUUGGCCACACCGCAUAGUUUCCAGGAUGCAAAUUCAAAAAAUAUGAUGGGUCCAAAUUGGAGAAGGCAAUCUCCUCCUGCACCUGGGAUACUUUCUUCUCCAGCUACUGGUAUUCGUCCACCUCCACCAGUGAGGUCCACUCCAAAUUCAUGGGAUGUUUUGGAUGUAAAUCAAUUCCAGAGGGAUACCAAACGAUUAAGGAUAGAUGGUCCAGCAUCCUUAGACGAUGCUUCUUUUCCUCCAAGAAAGAUGGAUAACCGGGGCAUGGGUUUUGAUCAGCAAUAUGGGGUUGGUCCAGUAAGUGAUGGAGGUUCUUCUGUUGCAUAUGCCAAUGCUCCAGCGAAGACUCCUGCUAUUCCUAUAGGUGCAAGGGCACCAGUGAAUGGUCCUGGCCAGAGCCAUGCUGAAAAUGAUUUUAUAUGGCGUGGAAUAAUUGCCAAGGGAGGAACACCUGUUUGUCAUGCACGUUGUGUCCCAAUUGGCGAAGGAAUAGGAAGUGAGCUUCCUGAAGUAGUCAAUUGUUCAGCAAGAACUGGGCUGGAUCAACUCACUAAACAUUAUGCUGAAGCCACUGGAUUCGACAUUGUAUUUUUCUUGCCAGAUAGUGAGGAUGAUUUUGCAUCCUAUACCGAAUUCCUGCGUUACCUAGGUGCAAAAAACCGUGCAGGUGUUGCUAAGUUUGAUGAUGGAACGACAAUGUUUUUGGUUCCUCCUUCUGAGUUUUUGAGAAAAGUCUUGAAAGUUUCUGGUCCUGAACGGCUUUAUGGUCUCGUUCUCAAAUUUCCUCAGGUGUCUAUUAGUGAACCUGCUCCCCAACAGUCAUAUCUACCCAUUCUCACAUCUGACUAUGGUGAGAGACAGCAUGUUUUGCCUUCACAAACUGAAUAUGGGACGGUGCCUCCAAAGCAGGAUCAACUUCCUCCAAUGGAUUAUAAAAGGGUUUUGCAUGACGAAACCAAGGAGCCCCCCAAACCACUUCUGCCCACAAGUGAGCCACUACCGCUAGCAGUUCAGCCCUUGCCUCAAGAGUAUUCUGGUAACAAUAAUACAGCUGCAAUCUCGCAAGCUGGGUUAGCAUUAACACCCGAGCUUAUUGCCACCUUGGUUUCUUUACUGCCUGGUAAGACACAGUCAUCCAGUAUAGAGAGUGCCAAACAACCAGCAGUCUCACCACAACCUCCAAUUCCUCCUGUUGUUUCUAAUAAAGGGGCUACAUCUGAGGGAUGGAUGGUAGGUCAUCAAUCUUCUGAUCUAACCGGUCAGCCAUUUCAGCCAAUGGGAAAUCAUUUUAAUCCUCAGGGACAGAGCCUUUCUCAAUUUCAGCCUUAUCCACCUCUCCCCCAGACACCAAACCAGCUUGCACCACAGGUCAUUGGAACAAGCCAAAUCCAAGAUGCCGCUGUCAGUCUGCCACAGCAGCAGCAGGUACCCAUUCCUUACAGGCCUUUGUCUACUUAUUCUGCUCCUCCUGAAAAUGCACAAGCUUCUGGUUUGGCCUUGGCCAAUACUCAGUAUCAGCAUGACGUCUCACAAGUUAACCAGAGAGGUUAUGGGUCAGUCAAUGGAGUUGAUACUUAUGGGUAUGGUGCACCAGUUAUGCAACAAUCAACAAAUACUGUGACCUUAUCUAAUCAAGGUCAGGGUUCUACUACACAGUCACAACCUAUUACUCAAUUAGCAUCAGAUAGAGUGAACCCUGAGCUUCCUUAUCAGAUGCAGCAUUUGCAACCUGCCAACCUUGGCACUGGCACUGGGACCAGUGAGGUUGAGGCAGGCAAGGACCAGAGAUAUCGAUCUACACUCCAAUUUGCCGCCAAUUUACUCCUCCAGAUCCAGCAGCAGCAGCAGCAGCAGCAACAGCAAACAGGCUGGGGUUCAGGAAAUCAAUAGUGAGCAGCCCUUCGUUUAGGUAAAUUGCGAGGGUGAAAGGGAGAAGAGUUUAAUUAUGGGGUUUGUUUCAGAAGUCAGUGGAUGGAUGCAUGCGCUCGCUCGUUCACGCACGCCUUCGUUUUCUCCUUUCAAACUAAUGUAUGUAGUCUGUGGAUGGAUGCAUGUGCUCGCUCGUUCACGCAUGCCUUCGUUUUCUCCUUUCAAACUAAUGUAUGUUCGUGUCGCACCAUGGCCUCCUCAUUUGCCCACACGCCAAUACCCCUCGCAAUUGUAUCUCAUUUUUGGAAUUUCAGUCUUCUGCAAUCUAUGUAGCAUAGCUUGUUUUUAGAAACAUUAAUAUUUCUUUCAAGUUUCAUAAUUAAUUUUGGUUAUUGCA